GAAAGGUUGCUAACGACAAGGAGCCGGCGUCCGAGACAAACAUUUUUCCAAGUGCGCUAAGCAUUAAAUCAACAAAAUUAAGAAUACGGAAAAAGAUUGUCGUUCUCUGGCCAGUUAUUACAAAAAUAAGUGAGCAGUGAAAAGUUGUAAAGAAUCUCCAAUCUAUAAACGGAAAAAGUGCGAUAUAGAACCAUAUUAAAAUAUAUAAAGUGUUGGAAAAUGUGAAAAAAUCAGAAACCGAAUAGAACAACGUGCAAGUUUUGAGUUUAAAAUCGUAUUAAAUGUUCUCCACACUGGCUCUGCUGUACUGAACCCGGCCUGCAUUGCUCUCAUCUAUGCGCAACUAAUUUGCAAUGAUGAGCUAUCAGAAAGGUCUCAAGGAUCCAAACCUGGACAGGCAUACCAGUAAAGCCAAAUCCCGGCAUUUCACGGUCAACGGUCUUCUGAGUGCCAAUAACACGCUUCAGCAGCAGCAGAACCAAUACAACCUGCAGCCAUCGAAUGACAGUCGCAACAUCUACAAUAAUCCCUAUAUUCCUCCGCCUCAGCAGCAGCAACAGCAGCAGCAGCAGCAACAGCAGCAACAGCAGCAACAGAUGCAGCAGACGCAGCAGCGCACCGCCCACCUGUUCAAGGCGUUGGCUGCCUCCGCUGCAGGCACCAAUAGUCUGACUCAUCCCUACGACUUCUCCAACUCAUCAUCCUCCUCCAACGCGAACAAUGACAACCAGGGAUCAUCCUCUUCGGAAGCGGAAAACGCCUUCCUAACUCAUAACAACGGUAAACGGACCGGAGAGCGGACCACGUUCGAGCAAGAGGUAAAUGAGAGUUUGUUUAGCAACAAAUUAAGCUUGGAAAAGGUGUGCGGUGCCGAGAUUUAUGUGGGUGCAGUCAGCGACGAGGCGAAGGGGCCCGAAAUGAGUGCGGAUCAGUGGAAAUUCGUCGUGAUUAUCCAAGUCGAAUUGAAUUACCACAGCACUGAGUACAGUGUAUCUAUUCCUGCUGUCUCCGGCUUAAAGCCAGCCCGAAAUGAGAAGCUACUCCUUCGCUUCUGGGGCCCCCGAGCAGCAGCAUCACUGGCCAUUGUUGGCUUCGUUCCUCGGGAGGGCCAUAAAAUGUGGCAAAGUGCAAUUGCCUGGCAGGCCAGGGAUGAGCCGUAG